AUGGAGUUCGCCAUGGUAGGUGCGGAAAGCGGCGGGUGCAGCACCCACCUGCCUUACGGAUACGCCCAGGCGCGCGCCAGGGAGCGAGAGCGCGGGAGGGAACGGCAGGCGCAUUCGCGAGCGGCGGCGGCGGCGGCGGCGGCGGCUGCCGAAGGCGCGUCGGGUGCAGAAGGAGGAGGGGGGUCCUCCGGCUAUCACGCCAACAACCAAGGCAACCAACAGCAUCAGUCUCGCGCCGCCUCCUCGUCGCACGCCAACAACAGCGGCGCUGGCGCCGCCUCGCGCCCCUCCUCCUCGCAGCAGCCUCAGCAGCCGCACGAGCCGCAGCAGCACGUUCCCAGAGCGAGGAAAAAGCAACGGGGCGCGGAGCAGCGGAGGAGAAGCCGUCGGGCUCUCGGCGGGGACUUGCGCCACUCGGAGUUGGCGCUGCUCGGGUCCGAGGACGAAAUUAUGAUAGAAGAGGACGAGGCGGAAGGCGAAGAAGAAGAAGAAGAAGAAGAAGGAGCAGAAGAGGAAGCCGACGGAGGAGGAGGAGGAGGAGGAGGCGGCGGCGGCGGCGUUAAGAGCACGGAGAAGCGAAAAAGUGCUCGCGGCUGUAACAUGGAUGAUGAAGAGGAGACGGUUUCCUUCACUGACAGGCGCCCUCGCUCCAGCUACGAAAACGUGUACAGUGAGUACGGCUGCUGCGAAAGAGUCGUCAUUAACGUGUCCGGACUGAAGUUUGAGACGCAGCUGAAAACUCUCACUCAGUUCCCCGACACACUGCUGGGGGAUCCCGACAAACGGAUCAGGUACUUCGAUCCGCUCAGGAACGAGUACUUCUUCGACAGGAAUCGGCCCAGCUUCGACGCGAUCCUUUAUUACUACCAGUCGGGCGGGAGACUAAAGAGACCUGUCAAUGUGCCCUUUGAUAUAUUUUCAGAGGAAGUCAAGUUCUAUGAACUGGGCGAGGAUGCCAUGCUCAAGUUUCGGGAGGACGAGGGAUUUGUCAAGGAGGAGGAAAAGCCGUUGCCGGAGGACGAGUUCAAACGUCAGAUCUGGCUCCUUUUCGAAUACCCCGAGAGCUCGAGCCCCGCUCGAGGAAUCGCGGUGGUGUCCGUCCUAGUUAUUGUUAUAUCUAUUGUCAUUUUCUGCUUGGAAACUUUGCCGGAGUUCAGGGACGAGAAGGAUUUCCUGGGCGCCGUCGGCAACCAUUCAACAAGUGCGGACAGCAGCGGAUUUACGCCGUUCAACGACCCCUUUUUCAUCGUGGAGACGGUGUGCAUCAUUUGGUUCUCCUUUGAGAUUAUAGUGCGCUUCUUUGCCAGCCCAAGCAAAGCGGCUUUCUUUAAGAACAUUAUGAAUUCCAUCGACAUCGUAUCAAUUUUGCCUUAUUUCAUCACCCUCGGCACGGAUCUUGCCCAGCAGCAAGGCAACGGACAGCAAGCGAUGACCUUUGCUAUCUUGAGGAUAAUUCGACUCGUCAGGGUCUUUCGCAUCUUCAAGCUCUCCAGGCACUCGAAGGGUCUGCAGAUCCUCGGCCACACACUGCGAGCCAGCAUGAGGGAGCUGGCGCUGCUCAUUUUUUUCCUCGUCAUCGGGGUUAUACUGUUCUCCAGCGCGGUGUAUUUCGCCGAAGCGGACGAGCCCACGUCGCAGUUCACGAGCAUCCCCGACGCGUUUUGGUGGGCGGUCGUUACCAUGACGACGGUCGGAUACGGGGACAUGAAGCCGAUAACGGUCGGCGGUAAAAUCGUGGGCUCCCUCUGUGCCAUAGCCGAGAUGCCAACUCGAGGUCUUCCUGAAGAACAACCCGAUAAAAUGACACAAGUUGUCAGCACAGUUCUAAAGCACAGAAGAGCCUGGAAGACUUUGCCAUCACUGUGGAAACACGCUGCCUGGCAGAGCAUGCUUGGAUGCCGCACCUGAAAAGUUUCCUGAAGGCAAACAGGGAUGGGUGCAGAUGAUUGCCUUAAUAAAUU